CCUAGAGCUUGUGGUCCCCUUCUUUCCUUUCCUCUUUUAUCUAUACGAAAUACCAAACAAUCCACACGUCCUCAUGCACAACCAUUUCAGUUUACAAUCUACCUUUUUCAUCAAUUCAAUACUCGAGAAUGGUUGAAACACCAAGAUUUGCCAACGCUGGUGGGUUUCUUCCGGACGGCGUUACCUCCUUACCCUCGCCAGCUCCUAGUACUGCGUCGAGUCGGGCAGCUGCGCGUCUACCGCACCCGCGAUCGAAGCCGCUCGUGCGAGGCUCGAAGAAGGAAGACUAUGCCAGGAAUUACGUCUCCGACCGGUUAAUGCACAUCUCGCGCCGAUAUGUGAAGAAGCACGGCAUUCCUGACCCUGCCGACGAGGUGACCGGAUACGAGAGCAUGGACGAAGUAUGCAAGGACCUUGAGGAGGUCGUCGACGUGCUCUGGUUCUCCGGGACCCCUAGCCUGCAGAUACCAUACCUUUUAAACGUCGCGCUCGCCUUUAAUACCUAUCUACCAUCCUUCCUGCCAUCGCCGCGCCCUACAUUCAGUCUUCUUAAAAAGCUAGAUCACUGUUUUGCAAGCCUUAUUAUCGGCCGCGACCUCAAGUCGGGAGACCCACUUCCAGGAUUCCAAGGCAACGGGAUAGGAUUCACAAGAACAGAUAUGGUGCGCUGCAAGAGCCUAACCGACGAAACCCGCAUGCUGGUCUCCAUGAUUAUGAGUGACGAGCCGGACGUGGAGAAAUUUGCAGACGAUGACGGCGAUGGAAUAGCGCAAUCCCCUGUAAGGCGAAAUGUUAGCGUGUCGCUUUCUACAGGGUUCAUACAAACUCCUGUUCUGGAUGAGAACUCCGACGACGGUGAUGCCAGGGUAAAAUCUGAGGAUAUCAUGGACUUUGACGACGAAUCAGACUUGGAGGACAAGGACCAGUUGGAUCAUACUGCUGCUAAACGGAAAUUUAAAGAUAUAAGUGACGAGGGGCUCGAGGAAUUUAGACGGAUUAAAAUCAAAGAAGAGGACUCAGAUAUUCAACUCGACGACGCGGCGCCAGGAAACCGGAGUCCAGUCCCGGAAGUAGACGGAUUCGUACCAAGACGUCCUGGAGAGAAGUUUCAUUUCAUAUUAGACGACGACGACGACGACGACGACGAUGAAAUAGAGGAUGAAGCGCCGCCAAAGAUUAAUGGCAGUACUCCGGAUACUACCGCCGCCGCCGUCCCUACUCCAUCAACCACACAAAUAGCCCCCUACACGGAGCAUGACAUAGGUGACCCGGAUGGACAGGUCGACGAGGAAGAUGAGGACGGAGAAGACGAAGAAUUACGGUUGAACGUAGGGAAACUAUACGAAAAGACUCUGAUACAGCUAGGCAAGUCCUUAGGCGAGUCUAUAAUAGAUGGAUAGCGUCAUAUUUGUAUAAGAGCGGCUCUUUGCCUACGAAUACUCCUAUUUUAAAAAAUAGAAGCUUACUUCCAGUAACAAGACCGGAAUAGAGUCAGAAGAAGUGCACCAUAUGCUAAUACUACUGUAUUGUACUGUAACUUAAGUUAUCCCCUACUCUACCC